UUUGAAGCGCCGUCGCUUAAACUUCCGGCAUGGUGUGUAUCUGUGGCUUAGAGCAGCUUUAAACGGCCGAUCUGCUGUUUCCAGCCUUUAAUGUGCAUCACCGCAAGAUGAAGCGGGUCAUGGCAUAAACAUGGCCCACAACAGAAGCCGUUUCCUCGAAGCCCUGAAUCGUUCUGAGACCAGGACAGAUGGAGGCUUCAAGCACAGUUGGAGCUUCUCGCUUCCCGGUGACAGAGAGACGGCGAAGAGACACGAAGCGGGCGUGGUGAGUGUGGAGGAGAUGGAGCAGCAGCAGAUGACCACCCCGGAGAAGAAGUCUCCUCCUUUAAGGCACUACGGUUCCGAUCAUUUGAGGACGUUUGGAAACCGAUCCAACAUGAGGUCUCUGAACAGACUGGGUGCCCGAAAAUGCAGCGAUGUCCCGCCUGCAGCACAGACUCCCUCCUCCACAUCCACCAGAACCAACUUCAACCUGAUCCUGACUUCCACGCUCGCUCCAGGAAUCAUGUUGCAGGGUCGCCACUUCCAGCACGCUCAGGUCCCAUCGCUGACACGGAAACCAGCUCAAAGAAACAACCAGGCUGUGGAGGUGGACAGCAUCGUCCUCACCUGUCCAGAGGCCCCAGAAGGAGAGUCGCUGAACAUCAAGCGGCGCGUCCAGCAGAAGAGGAAACCUCUGGAGAACGUUUGCUUCUCCCCGCAGCUCAAAGCGGCCGAGCCCGUUCGGACCGUCGUCUACCACUCGGUGUGCCUGAAGUGCAAAAAGCCCAGCGAGGACGGCAGCAUGUGUCUGAGCUGCGGGAGCUGCGAGUCCCUGGUGGGCCCCCAGGCCGCCUCGUCCUCCCCCACCCCCAGACCCGCCAUCAGAUCCCACCCCUCCCUCGGACCCAACAGCCUGCAGCAGAAAUUCUACAAAGCCGGAGCCGCCAUCAGAGAAGCCCUGCCGCCACGGAUGGCGAGCAGCAGGGCGGCGCCGCUGCCUCUGAGCAACGGAAGGAUCCCGCUGUUGGCCGGGACGUCCGGCGCCUGCCGGGCUGGAACCCCCGCCAAAGGGAGGCAGAGGGCGGGGGGGCAGCAGGCUGAGCACAACGAUCCCAUCGUCCUGUCCAGCGACGAUGAGGAAGAGGAGGCCGAGACCGCCAGCACCGAAAGCGUGAACCGCAUGGACAACGUUUCCCCCCAACCCGCUGACUCCGCCCACUCCUCUCCGGCGCCCUCUGAAGGCAAAGUGGAGGCGGCGGUGAAGAGCGCCGACGAGCAGGAAGAGCUGAACGCCGAAUUCUUCGAAGACGUCAGCACGAAGAUCACCAUCCCACGGAGAGCCAAGAUGAAGGAUCAGUUUGGGAAGCAGCCGUCUGCAGAGAAGGCUCCUCCCAGGAAGAAGAGGCCCAGAGUCUCGACCACCAGGUGCGACAGCAUCAUCCUGGAUUGUCGCAGCAUUCGGAUCGGAACCAUGAGGCUGAUGGUGAAAAAGCCCGUCAUCUUUGCUGUGGACUGCAUCCAGGUGGAAGCUGAAGGUGCAGAGCUGGGCACCGUGAAGAUGUGCCUUCAGACAGCGGAGCUGAUCAGCUGUGAAUGGUGCCGCGUCCGGAAGCUCCCCGUCCUCUUCUUCCAGACGACGGUGGACGAGUGCCUCCGUCUGCGCUCCCAGCUCAACAUGUCCCAGGAACUGGGAGGCCAGUGGUACGACUGCUCCGCUGACCAGGUGGACGAGAAAUACAUCGUCCUGAUUUUCGAGAACGGCCUGGUGAUGAAGGAGCAGAUGAUCCUGGAGGACAUCCUGAACGUCAUCGGCCAGAACAACAACCUCAGCGGCUUCCCCACCAAGCUGACCUUUGAGGAGGCCAACAUCCGCCUGGUCAACUACAACAAGGCCUGCAGCCAGAAGACGGAGGCGAAGCCUGAGCAGGCCUCCCCCUCCUCCCCAACGCUGUCCCCCGACUCAGCCGUCGGCGUGUCCACACGCACACGGAUGGCCACCCGGCAGCAUUCCGGCUUCGAUGAAGACGAGGACAUGACGGACCUGCAGCCCACCUUCUCCGGACUGGUCAUGAAGCUCAUAGUGUACCCCCCGCCCCCCGCCAAAGGGGGCAUAUCCGUUACCAACGAGGACCUGCACUGCCUUAACGAUGGGGAAUUCCUCAACGACGUCAUCAUAGACUUUUAUUUAAAAUAUUUAGUUUUGGAAAAGUUAAAAAAAGAAGACGCACAUAGAAUCCACGUGUUCAGCUCGUUCUUCUACAAAAGACUGAACCAGAGGGAGCGCCGGAGCGUGCCGGACACAGCCAACCUGCCGAUCCAGAAGAAGAAGCACAACCGGGUCAAGACGUGGACCCGGCACGUGGAUCUGUUCCAGAAGGACUUUGUUUUUGUUCCCAUCAACGAGUCGGCUCACUGGUAUCUGGCGGUCAUAUGCUUCCCGGGCCUGGAGGGUCCAGUGUUGGAGAAGAACCCGAUGUAUAUGGACCCGCCUCCGGCCUUCAGCUCCCCGGAUGAGCCGCAGUCGGAGGAGAACAUCCCGGACCACUGCCGGCCUCUGUCGCCGGACGGAGAUGGGUUGGACAGCUUGUCGGACGGGACGUCCCCCACGUUUCCAGACGAGGCCGACUCGGACCUGCCCCACGAACACUGUGGUUUCCCGGAGGUGGGGGAGGAGCAGCUGGGGAGCAGCCGGGCGGAACCGGAGCAGCAGUUCAGUAGCGAGCUGCAGCGCAUCAAGUUCUGCUACAGGUCGGGAGACGGAGACGACGCCUACACCUUCUCUGAUGACCAGAGCUCCUGUCAGGACGAAUGCAGCGAAGAUGGGAAUCUGGCUGAAGACGCCGGCGUUCCCGAUGUGUCCAGCUUAGCCUCCAAACCCAUCAUCUGCAAACAGCCUUGUAUUCUGAUCAUGGACUCGCUGCGAGGUCCGUCCAGGUCCAACGUGGUGAAAACCCUCAGAGAGUACCUGGAGGUGGAGUGGGAGGUGCGGAGAGGCUCUCAGCGGAGUUUCGGGAAGGACGUGAUGAAGGGCUCCAGCCCCCGAGUGCCUCAGCAGGACAACUUUAGCGACUGUGGAGUUUACGUCCUGCAGUACGUGGAGAGCUUCUUCGAGAACCCCAUUCCCAGUUUCCAGCUGCCCAUGAACCUGUCCGACUGGUUCCCCCAGCAGCGCAUGAAGACGAAGCGCCUGGAGAUCAAGGAGCUGAUCCUGAAGAUCAAAGAUCAACAAGAGCUGGACAAGAAGGAGGCGGAGCAGGCAGAGGCCUGGCCCGGCUCUCCGGAGGAGCCGGAGAUCGAAGAGACUCCUGGACCAAUGCCGUCCAUCGGCCCCUGAAAGACGGGUCUGAGCGGGGCCACACCGGCUCUAGGCAAACCGCUUCUAUGGACCUCCGUCAGCCACACGCACCAGACUGAUAAUCUGUACAGAGCGAGACAUGACGUGUAAAUACGCUGCCUUUGUAACCUCCCGUUUCAUCCGCAGACCGACCCGUUAAGUUAUGGUUUCCUACGUGUUGUUCUCUGAGCAGCAGCUCAAGCUUUUGCCUUGUUUAGAGGAACGUUCUGAUUUGAACCUUGUAAGUAUUGUAAGUUAAGAUGGAGAAGAUGGGCUGUUUGACAGUAGCUAGGUGCUAGUAGCGUCUCUGCCUCAUGGACUGGAUUCAUUUUCCACAUUAAAAUCAAACUUGGAUGGAA